GCUGCAUGGUGGAGUGGUGAUCCAUUGCAUGUCUUUGGCUAUCAUGUCGGCACCAAAGGAGAAGUUCUUUGGGGCUCGAUCUGGACGGCAUGGUUGCUGACUUUGACGUUUGUAGACACUGGAGAUGAUUACCUCCAUCUCACCAAAAGGUUCGGCGCUGUGGGCGGGUCACAGCUUCCAUUCCACUACCUGCUAUCGAUGAAAUCACCUUGGGCUCCAUUACAGAUCUUGACCGGCUCCUCCGAGGCCACGCUCCUGUCCGCUCAUCAGAUCCUUGGACGCAUUAUCGUCGGUUUCUUCUGGGCCCACGUCGUGCUCUACGUGAACUUCUACGUCGUCAAAUCGUUACUGCUCGCCAAACUCCAAAAGUUAUUCAUCAUAUGUGGCGUGGUCGCUAUCAUCAGCUUCACCGCUCUCUCGACCACUGCGCUGAAAGCUGUUCGGGACAAAAGCUAUCGGAUUUUCUACAUUACGCAUGUGUCUCUUGCCACAUGUCUGCUGCCCUUACUUUACUGGCAUGUCCAUCAUAUCCGACCGUUCGUCUACGAGACCGUUUUCAUCUACUUGGUCAAUGUUGUGCUUCGUUUCUUUGCGACGCGUAAGCACGCUGGAACAAUUCGACAAGUCAAGGAUGCUGGCCUCGUGGAAAUAAACCUACCGUUAACUGCGGGAGCAAUGAAAUGGCAUCCCGGACAACACGCAUAUGUGUCUCUCGCCGGGAAUCCCUUCUUGCGGACUUUCAAGACGAAUCCGUUCACUUGCGCUUCGAUCCCAGCCAUCGACAACAAACUUCGGUUCGUAGCUCGAAUACUCGAUGGAAACACGGCGAAACUCGCCAGGGUCGACAAAGAGACGCAAACCUUCGCCGUCGAAGGCCCUUAUGGUCUCGCUAGCCACGCAGACAGGCUUCUUGGAUAUGAUCGAGUGUUGUUCGUCGCGGGAGGUGUAGGCGCCACAUUUGUGGCACCGCUCUACAGGCAGUUGCUCUCAGAUCUUUCUCCGAGUAAAGGCAGUCAUCGAAGGCAAAGAGUCAGCUUCGUGUGGGCCGCUAGGACACUUUCCGAAGUCACUUGGGCUCUGCCCGAGGAUGUGAAGGAGAGAGAUGGUUUCACGGAGAGAUUGACAGUUCAUCUCAGCCGACAAAGCGGUGGUCAGAUCGAAGACAGCUCCUUCGCUCUUGCCAACGAUGAUGAUGAGGCCCCUGGCGAAGAAGGUGUCGAGAUGGAGGAGCAAAAGAAGUUAUUGCACGAGGGCAUGGACGAGAAUGGCGCGAAGACUGGCCUGCCGACGCAAGGGCUCCAGACUCGUAAUGGUCGCCCCAACCUGGUCACGGUGGUCGAUCAGGUGUUCAUGCAAAGCAGUACAGAGAGAAUCGCGGUCGUCGUAUGUGGUCCUCGUCAAUUGAGCCAAAGCCUGCGCAAACAGGUUGGAAGAUGGGUGAGGAAGGGCAGAGACGUCUGGUACUGGGACGAGGCAUUUGCGCUUUAGAUCGAAUGUAGUCGAACUGACUUGUCCAUCGUGAACGCAUGUGUGGCCGAAAUAGCUUGCGCCGACAUGAGUAGCUUUGAUGUCGUUUCGUGUAAGGAGCCAAUACCGGUCACACGCUCUUAGUAGGAUAGUUCAUUUGGCCAACGUCAGAUCCAAGAUGAGGUUCGCUGCGAUCCUUCUCACCUUCAAUAAAAUCAACGGCCGCUCGGAAGUGAGCACUUUGGAACAUCCGUUGCUGUGCCAAGCUUGUUGCGCCAUAGUCGAUGGCCGAGCA